ACACAUAGACGAAAGUAUAAAAAUAUAAAAAGAAACUGAUGUAGGAUUGUAUUAACAAAUUAUCAUAUCACGCAUUCUACCGGAACAAUUUAUAACUGGUAUUAUUUAUAUUUAUAUUCUGAUAAUAAUGUUUAGAAGAUAUAUAUUAUGAUAGUAUUUAUGAAUGGAUUAAAUAAUACUGGUAACAUAUUGUGUAUGCAUAUCGAUUGAAUUGUAAUUAUCAAAUCAUUUAAAAAAUACUCGUUAUUUUUCUUAGUAUCAGCUAAAUCUUGUAAAUAAAAUGAUUGAGUAAGAUUUAUGAGUAUAUUAAAAUAUGACUAUUAACCUCUUGAUCAUGUUUUACUCUAGCCAAGAGAAUAUUGAAUCCAUAGUAAAUACAGUAAAAAUAGAAAAAGAGGUUCAAAUGGAAAAAGAUCAUUUGUUGUUUAAGAAAACAUUAGAAUGGGAAAUGAGUUUAGACGCCAGAGAUUUACGUUCCCAUGCCUGGUAUCAUGGUAGCAUAACAAGGUCUAAAGCUGAAGAACUGCUAAUAGAAGAAUUUGAGAAUGACGUUAAAACUAAUGUUUGCUUAACUGAAUCUAUUGAUCAUAACUCUGGAAGUCUUUUUUUAGUUCGGGACUGUACUACACAAUUAUCAAAUUAUGUUUUAUCGUGUCUUGUACAAAAAAUUAAUGGAAAUGGAACAUACCAAAUUUUACAUUUUGUUAUUAAUAAAAUCGUUUUACAAGCAGAUACAGUAUAUGAGCAUAUUCAAUAUCGUUUUGAACAAGAUUCCUUUGAUACAGUUCCAGAUUUAAUAACAUUUUAUGUUGGUAGUGGACAACCAAUAUCAUGUGGGUCUUUAGUACGUAUUCGUACUCCUUGCAAUAGAAAAUAUCCAUUGACUGUUGUGGAAAAUAUUGAGAAUAACAGCAAUCUUAGAAAUUCUAAUAAUUUAUUUAAAAAUAACUUUUCAUCUUCACUUGAGAAUAUUUUACAGAACAAAUAUCCCAUAAUACCACCAGAAAAUACUCCAAACAACUUGCCUCCAAAAUUACCUGCUAAACAAGCAGUUAAUAUGCAAAAUAUUAUUAAAAAACUACCUUUUAAUAGAAAUACACCAACUGCAAAUAUUUGCAUUUCUUCUACAAAUUCUUUACCACGUGAAAGUAGCAGUAAAACACUUUCCAAAUCAUCUUAUCAUGCUGUUAAUAUAAUUAAUACAAGUACAAUUCCUAGAUCUAAUAAAGUUGAAAAUAAAGUGAUAAAAGACUCUUUGAAUAGUAAUUCAUGCAUCACAUCAAAUUUGUCUUCUAAUUUCACAUGUAGCAAUUAUAAUAGUACAGAUAUUAAAAUGGGAUCAUCUGGUAAUAUAUCAAAUAUAUAUACAAAUUAUCCAACAACAAAUUUGAAAACUGAAUCCAUAUCAUUAAGCGACCUUUCAGUUAGAAAAGAAAAUGAAAGCAAUGAUGGCACUUUAAAAAAACAAUUGAAUUCUAAUAAUUUUAAAGGCGGUGUAUUGAUUAAACAUCCAUUAUCUAUUUGUAAUCAAAGUAAAGAAUUAAAUCAAUCUUUUAUGACUAUCAUACCAGAAGGAAAAAAUGUUAGUCUAACACCGUCUGAAAACUAUUUAUGCUCUAAAUCAUUGUUUAGUGACUUAGAUAACUUUCAAACCUUAUUGUUACCAUCUACUUUAGAAGGAAAUAAACCAUUAGAUGAUAUAGCUUUAGAAGGUGUUCACUUAAUGAUACAAGAUACUUGCUCAAGAGUGUUAGCAAAUCACUUAACUUAUAUUGAUUUAUCUGUGACAUUAUUUUGUAUUGAUAAUAAAAAAGAGAGAUCUGAGAUUGUUGAAGAUGAAAAUACUAAAACUGUUUGCAAACUUUCUGCAUGUUCUAAUGGUGAAAAUAAAAAAUUUAAUUUCACUACUUAUAAUUGUCCUUUAGAACUAUGUCUUUUACCUAAUGGCCAUCGUCGACGUUUAGAUCUAAUUGAAAGGAAUGAAUGCAUUAAAUUACUGGUUGCAAUAACUAUACUAACAUGUAAAAAUUUAGAAAAUAGAGUACAACUUUUGGAUAAAUGGAUUCAAGUAGCUAUAGAUUUAAAAACUGCUUUGGGUAAUUUAUAUGGUUUUUCUUCUAUCAUGUCUGGAUUAUGUGAUUUUAAUAUACAACGAUUGAAUAAUUUAUGGCUAGCCCUUAGGAAAAAUUAUACUGACUCGGCUUUUAAUUUUGAAGCAAAAUUACGUCCUCAAUGGCUAAACAUGAAUCGUGGUAUUAAUCCACAAGCUCCUAAUACUACUAUUCCUCAUCUAAUGCCUAUAAUAUGGCUUCAUGAAAAAAUUUAUUUUUGUAAUGUUGAUUAUCUGCAAAAUCAAAACUUGACUAACAGAUCAAAUCUUAAAAAAAAUAUAGACAGCAAUGAACAAAAGUAUAAUGGGUUUAUGAAAUCAAUGACUUCAUUGUGUAACCAAUUAUCAUUAGAUGAAAUCAGUUCAUAUAAUGGCACCCAUGGAGAAAAUGCUAGUGCAAGCCUUAAUUCUAUUAAUGAGGGUUUUGAAUUACAAACUUUAUUAAAUCAUAUGCAAGCAGCCCGAUCACACCUACAAUCUCUUGGUGAAUAUAGACGAAAUGCUGAUACUGUAUUACCUAUGAUAAACUUGUCUCCUAGUAAAUCAAUACCUCAAUGGUCUAUGCUUAGUUCUACCACAAUGGAUCAGCUUUUAUUAGAUUUAUUUAGUACAGAAUUUUUAUUAAAAUUUUUAUGGGGUAGCAAAGCUAUGAGUAGUCAAAUAAUAACCCAAGAUUACUAUGGAAAUUCUCUUGAUAAUAAUACUAAUAUACCAUCUCCAAUAAGUGAAGAAGUAGAUGUAAUUAAUUUAGAGUAUGAUUCACAAUGUAUUCAGCAAAGACAUGUAAAAUUUAAAGAAAUACUACAUGUGAUGUCAGAAAAGUGUGAAAUACAAAUUAAAUCAGAUAUAUCAGUUGAGAAUGGUAUUGGUAUUAUAGCUAAAGAUACAUUGAAAACAGCUGUUUAGUUUUUCAACAUUAGUAAUAAUUCUUAUAUAAUUUAUACAGAAUUUUAUAAUUUUUACUGAACCUCAGUAAUUAAUUUAUUAAUUUCUAUUGUAACAUCAUUUGUAGCUACCUUUCUAUACAAUAGAUCCAAUGAAAUUCGUACAAGAAUAGGUUUUUAGUUCAUUACUAGUAUUUACUAUUCAUAAAAUAUUUAAAAAAUGGUAGAGUAAUAUUAUUUUAUAAUUUUUACUCUGUGGAUUAAACACAAUCUCGAUGACUCCAAAUAAUUUAUUAUUUAAUAAUUCAAUAGCAAGAAAAAUAUUUAUUUAAAAAUCAAUAUAGUAUUUAUUGUAAAGAUGUUUGUUUCUCUUUCAUAUAUGAAAGAGGCUUUUAUUAACUGAUAGUCCAACCAUAAUCCAUUAUUAAUCUGUAAAUAUUGUAAAUAUUUUUGUUAAUGAAAGAUAACGGAAGAGUUUAGAGGUGUAUUAAAAAUAUGUUUCUUAAUCUUAUCCAUUAUACAAUAAUUUUGAAGACAAAAACGAUUAGGUAUACAAGUAAUUAUUAUUUCUAAUAUAGAAAGGGAAAUUUAGAAACAGUAAUAUCACAAUGUUCUAUGUAUUCAAAUAUAACACAAUUCAGAUAAAUUUUAAGAGUAUUAUGAUAUUUUUAUUUGUUGAUGAUUGAUUAGAUGUCACAACAAAUAAUAAACUUGUUUCUACUAUCUACAAUAUAUAUGUGUAAUUUAUAAGGGAUUUCGGCACUGAUUUCAAAUCUGGCUUCAGAUGUUUUUAUUUUUUAUUUACUAAUACUAAUUAGUAAAUAUAUAUAAACUAAACAAUUAAAUUAUUAUUAAACAAAUAAUAAAAUAUUUUUUAAAAACUUUUUUAAUAUAAUUUGUUAAUGUUGUCAAGAAAUGUUGUGCAAAAUUUGGAUAUUAUCUGUCAACUUUAACUAUUUUUGUAGUUAUUUAAACGAGUUUGAAGGACAUUUUCAAAGAAAAAAGUUGAAUUUUCUAUUGUAACUAUUUUUGGUUUAACAUCUUGAUUAUGUUGUUGCUACCAGUUAGUAGAUAAUUUUGUAAGAAACUCAAAAAUAUAAAUGUUUUGUUUUUACAUAACAAAUAACUGGAAAAGCACAUUCAUGAAAAAAAUAUACAUACAAAUUUAUGUACUUCAAUUUUAUUAGUAUAAGUUUCUUUUAUUACAGUUUUCGUGAGGUUGAAAAAAAAUUUAAUUUUUACACCACUUUACAGUGAUGUAAAUAGAUUUGGUGUAUGACACUUAGUUAUUCAGUUAUUUAACUAAAGUUGUAAAAAUAGUCACAAAUUUUUGCAAAUUACAAUUGGUAAUUUUCACUAAGUUUGGAAGUCAAAAAACUAAUUAAAUCAUGAAAUAAUUAUUAUAUACCAAAUGUAAUUAUAUUAUUAAGGCUGUUAAUUUUUUUUUUCAUACUCACAAAAAGCUACACUAAAAAAACUGAAAUUUAAGAGUCUUUAAAAAUGGUUUAAUUUGACAUGUAUGCCUCUUAUUUGCAAAAUUUAUGGAACAUCAUAUAAGACAAGUUAAAAAAAAAUUUUUUUCAUUUUUUUAUAAAGAUUUAUUUAAUUAAUACUUUUUAAUCACUGAGUAGUAAUUAUCUUAAAAGUUAGAUUUGAUUGAAUCUACUGCUACAUUAGAAUCACUAUUGAAAUUUCUUAUAGAAUUCACCUAAAUAUUGUAGACAGCAAAAUAACUGUUGCCUAGUGUUAUGCAUUUUUCAUAUAAAUACAAACAUUUGAUUAUAAUAUAUAUUAUAUACACAAUAAUUUGUUAAAGAUAAGACUCUCAUCUUCUUGAAAAUUAUUAAAAAUUUGAAAUUUUUACUAAAGAUAAUGCUUUGUUUAGUUUGAAAAACUCUACAAUGAUAUGUAGUUAAAUAGUUUUUUUUUUAUCCCUUCGGGGUUAAAAAUUUUUAAUUUUCUCUAAUGGGAAUCUUCAAUUUUAGAUGGAUAAUAUGUUAGAAAAAUAAUUUACAUAUGAAGGGUAAAAGGGAAAAUGAUUUAUUAGUCCAUUAACUAUAGUAUCAAGUAAUGGAAUCUCUUUUAUGAAAAAUAUUUCAUUUUGUUAAUAUUAUAGUGUAUAUUUUUAUUUUAUUAUUAAAGGAAUAUAUGUAUAUAUAUGACUGAUCUAAACCUGAUAACUAGAUCAUUAGCCUACAAAACAGUUUAUGAUUGCAAGUGUAUAUUUAUACUAUUCGAAAAAACAAUUGGUUUUGGGGGUGUUGCAGCUUAUACUAAUUGGAGGCUCUACUUUUGUAAUUAAGUGACAGUGAAUCAUUAGUGGACCUAUUCCGAGUCUGUUUAUAAUAGUUUCUUUUUGUGAAGUGGUAUGUCCCAUUUCACAAUGAAUUCUUUAAUUUCGUUAAAUUUGGUACUCAUGUUGCGCCACUUAUUCUCUCUUGGUUUGUACAUUUAGUUGUAAAAAUCUAAGAUUAGAUAUCGCUACAUAAGGCUGGCGCGCUAGUAGUGCAAAGUGUCAAUCCAGUUUAUGCUCAAAAAAAAGAUUCCUUUUUACUAAUAAAAAUACUUUGGUACCAUAAAAAUUGUUUUGCACAAUGAACCGAGAUUUCUAGAUCCUGCCCUUGUAGAGUUCUCAAAAAAAUGGACUAGAUCUGACUGGAUAUAGUCCAUCCAGAGAAGUUAAACUUAACUUCUCUGUGAAUAUUCUGCUACAAAUAUUAGUAUUAAUUUUACUUAAUAAAUAAGUAUUAAAUGUUUUAAUCUUAAUUAUAACCAUUGUGACUAUUAUAAAUAUAGGUUUCCUAGUUUCUAGAGAUCUCUUUUUUACAUUUUAAGUUAUAAUAAUAAUAUUGAAAAUUAUAACUAUAACUUUUUAAAUAUUUAUUUAUAUUCAUUUAUUAUGUGUUGUUUUUUAAAUCUUAUAUAUUUAUCAAUGUUUAAAUGGUAAAUUUUUAAAAUUAAAAUUUUUUUAAAUGUGCCAAUAUUUAAUAUUAUUCAUAACAAAUAUUUAUCUUUCUGAAAUUUAUAAUAUUAGAUGGUAGAUUAACUUUUGUAGUAGAACUAGUAUCAAGUUGGUAUAAUUAAAAAUCGUAUAGUUUUAUUAUGAUGCAUAAAAAUAUUAAUCUUAGCAUAUUGUGAUUUUUGUACUUUUUUAAUGAAAUUUUAAGAUUUUUAAUAUUUUGUAUUUUUUAUGUAAAAACUACAUUUAAAGUUAAAUCUUUUCUAUUAUUAAUUUUACCUUGUUUUUAUAAUAUGUGUAGCAUUUUUA